AUGGCGGCCGGGAAAGCGUCAUCGCGGCUUCAGAGUCCGGGUGAUCGCAAUGUGAAGAACGUCGUACUAGGAGACCUCCUAUUCAAGCCAUGGUACCAGUCAAUUUACCCGGAGGAUCUGGUCGCCAAUAAUGCCGAAUACCUCUAUGUCUGCCGUUGGUGCUUUCGAUACUCCUGCGACAAAGUUGCAUUUGCGGAGCACGUGCGGGCCUGCGUGCAUCGGACAACGCCCCCCGGCACCAAAGUGUACGACCACGGCGGGUACGCUGUAUGGGAGGUUGAUGGCGAGGAUCACAAGCUCUUUGGCCAGAACCUAUCCCUUUUCGCCAAACUUUUCCUUGACCACAAAACAGUAUUUUUCGACGUCGCGACCUUCCUUUACUAUAUCCUCACCUUUACCGAACCGGAGAACCCCGAAAACUACCAUGUUCUAGGCUUCUUCUCGAAAGAAAAGCUCUCGUGGGACUCGAACAAUCUUGCAUGCAUCUGUGUCUUCCCGCCAUACCAGCACAGACAACUUGGAAAACUCUUGAUGGGAGUGAGCUAUAAGCUCAGCGGUUGGGAGUAUCCCGGGGGAUACAUAGGUGGACCGGAGAAACCACUGAGCGACCUGGGCCAGAAAAGCUACAAUCGUUUCUGGGCCGAGCGAAUUGCGAGACACUUGCUAUGUGGCAAGCGAGAGGACAAAAAGUCUGAAGUAGAACAACAAAAGCCUCCAAAAAGCUCUCCUUCGAAGGCAUCCCGCAAAAAGCCCCAGCGAGAAUACAUGACCGUUGAAGAGAUUGGCCGGGCUACUGGAAUGUUGACGGAAGAUGUAAUCACGGCCGUCAAAAGCAUGGGCGUUGUUCGACCUGACACAACCCCGAAGAAGCGCAAAUUGAGUCGUCUGAUGGGGGAUGAUGAACCGAAGGAAAGCCCGAAGAUAGUCAUCCACAAGGCCGAUAUUUUGGAAUGGGCGCAAUCCCACCACCUGUCCUUGGAAGAUCCUGUUAAAGCCGACGGAUUUGUGGCAGGAUUCCCUUCUGUGGCCGUUUCUGAGGGUAGCGAGAGCGCCGGCUCGGAGGAGAACUGA